AAAAAAAUCUUGCCAAGAAGGAUACACUGUUUAUAAAAGUGGUCCCUGAAAGUCCCAUCUUCAGAUUUAUUUUGAUUUAAGUCCAAGAUAUGACCAAACGACAAAGGAAGUCGCGAUAAUAACGAGAUUUAUUUAUAUCUUGGUAUCGUAUAUAAUGUUACUGUGCGAGAGAAGCUGAAGGAAAUCGAAAAAUGUGCACCAUUGACAAGGUGUGUUGCACUGGGCCGCGGGACGCGCACACCCGGCUAGUGGUGUUGGAGCGUGGCGUGUUCAUGUCAUAUCCCGCUACCAAAGUUCUGUUGCAGCUCAUCACCGGCCGACGUCAUCAGAUCCGGGUGCACUGUUCGACGAUUGGUCACACGAUCGUCGGGGAUUACACGUACAGCGGUCGCAAAGAUAUAAGUCCAAGUCGGACAUUUCUCCAUUCAUACAGACUGGAACUGGGCGUCGACGGCAUAAACGUCCAGACGUUUGACCCGUUUACUAAGGCUAAACUUAAUGGUUUGUGGAUCCCGGUGGAAUACAUCAACGGAGCAGGAGACGAUUGUUUUCGAUUAUUUGACAACUACAGCUGACAAAUUGUGACUUAACAAUUACGAAAUCAUAUACCAUAUGUAUGAAGUUCUCAUUUUAAUUAAAUUCAUGUACAUACCGGCAUAAUAACCUGUAGUUUUAUA